AUGGGGCACCACAUUGGCUCUGCGCCCAACCCCCCCAGCGAGGAGGAGAGAGAGUUUUACUACCUCGGCCUCGACUACGACGCCCGCCUCCUUGCACGAACAAGUUCGCUCUCGCUUCCAUGGUCCUUCCGUCACUGGCCGUGGGACGAGCAGAACUGGCAGCCGCAAGGCAAGCGCUUCUUCCAUCUUGGCGGCCACCCGAUCGCCGCGGCGUGGCCUGCCGCCCUCAAGGCCGCCGUUGUCGCCGUGCUCAACGAGCGCAACUUCUCGCCCACCUUCGUCGAGCCCGUCCGCAUCGGCUUCGCCUCCUCUCCCGGCCCAGCAGGAAGAAGGCGCAGAGGAGACGCCUUCGCGCCGCCGUCGCCGACCUCGUCCGCCGUCGUGUUGCUGGUCGGCGUCGCGCCGCUAAGUCUCAGCUGGCGGGAGGGGAUGGACAUGGCGCGCUGCUGCCGUCGCGUGCUCGAACGGGCGGGAAUCGGGGACGUCGAAGUUGAGGUCCAGGAGACGAACGCCAAGUUCCCCGUCGGCGUGCCGUCCCGCCCGCGCGUGCGGCGGCGCGCGAGCGGUCAGCCGAAGCAGGACGGCCGGUUUCUCUACUUUUAUCUGCCGGCGAAUAGUGGGAGGAGGCUGUUUCGGCGUCGCAGGAGCCGUCAUCAGUCAGGGGUCUAG